AUGGCUGGACGAAGCAACUUGCCUCCUUUGACGACAGCCCCCGAAAACCAAGGUCUGGUUAUUACCAGAGACAGUGGGGUCAAUUUAGAUGGCCACUUCUUCAAUAGCUUGACCGCAGCUAUGGAGUGUAUCGACAGCCAAGCUCCGCCCCGUCGUUAUGGCCUACAGCUGGAGCUAAUGAAUGCCCUUAUGAGGGUCACUGAUGUGGUUACUGACUUAGUGGCCCACUUCUAUCAAUAUGUCGAAAAAUCCAGAGAUUGGCAACAUGUUACAUACGCUAACUUCGAAGCCGACUUUCACGAUGCCCGAAAAGUUACCCUGGAUGUUGAACGACGCCGCAUUGACAUGCAGAAGAUCAAGGAUAGGCUUGUUGCUACAUGGGGCAUUGACAGGAUCGACGCCAUUUGGCCAAAAGUGGAGAGCCUCUGGGCCGCCCAAAAGCUUCGCCAUACCUUAAACAUCUACAAGGAUUGGGAUAAGUUCGCCAAUAACAUUAAUAGUGCAGUACUCCGAAGACUGGAAGCUACAGGAGCUGGACAUCACCGAAGCCUAGCUACAUUGCCAGGCGAUUACACUACAGCUGACAAAGAAGUCGACCGCAUUUGCGAACUCCCUUCAAGAGAUGCCCUGCGCCGCUCUCAACGCUCAAUCCAGGAUAUUGCUAGGAGCCCGCCUACUGCAAACAGCCCCCGGGGUCUACUGGAAGGACCACAAUCGCCAAGAUCACCAAGAGACGUUCCAAUGGGUGGGAUGUCUAUGCCGCAUAGCCGCUCUAUCACUAGGAAUCGCGCGUUGAGAGCUCUUGGGGAUUCCCAUGGUUCUCUGCAGCGAUACCCAGCAUAA